AUGGAGGUCAACAAUGGUUUUGACAACCGCGAUGGCAGAGAAGUUGUAUUCGUGUCUGACAAGACUGGUGGCAGCGGUAGCUAUCCUCCAACCCAUCUCUCCUCUCUGCCACCGUCGCUGACCUACGCACCGCCUGUAAGAGUUCAAGAGGUUUCAAUGAUUUGCUUGCUGGCUUUGGAAGCGGCGGUUCUCCAUCUAGUAGCAGGAGUUUAUUCUCAAAGAAAAUCUGCCAAAGCCAACUCCUUAGCUUCAGCAGCUUCUGCUCUUGAGGAAACUAGAGGAAAAGUAGCAGCUCUGCUGAAGCAACAAGGUGCUUUUGCCAAAGGUCAGACAAAAACGGCUCCUGUAGAGGAGGAAGUUCCACCUUUGCUUGGAGAAAAUGGAAAAAUUGAGGUAUGGCGUAUUGAUGUGGAGAUUGCUAUAUUUGUCUUUACUCCUACCAUUCUGAUGAAAAGAAAGAAGAUCACUACAUGUGCUGCUCGAUUGGGAAGGAUAGCAUCCAGGAGGACCAAAAACAGUUGUUCAACAAACUACUUCAAUGUUCAACUCUAUGAAAUGCAAACCUGUUCAGGGUCGAAUGCAUCAAGGAAAAGAAGCACCACAAUUUGUUGCUAUCUUUCAGCCUAUGGUUGUUCUCAAGAGAAAGGACUGCAUGAUGAGACCUACAGUCCAGAUACUGCUGCACUGAUUGAAAUAUCAGGAACUUCAGUUCAUAAUAAUAAAGCUCAACAAGUAGAGAGGUCUGGAGUACCUGUAAAAUUCUCUAGAGAAGGAAAAGAGAGCUUAGCUUUCUGGCUUGCACUUGGUGGAAAACAAAGCUACUCAAGUAGCAAAGUAACACAGGAAAUCAUCCGUGAACCUCACUUGUUUGAAGUAAUAAGCAAUAAAGGAAAGUUAGAGAUUGAAGAAGUUCACAGCUUUGAACAAGAUGACUUGUUUCCAGAGGAUGUCUUGAUAUUAGAUACACAUGCUGAGGUCAUCGUUUGGGUUGGUCAUUUAGCACAGUCAACGGAAAAACAAAACGAUUUUGAAACUGGCGAGAAAUAUGUAGAGCUGGUUGCAUCUAUGGAUUCCUUGUCCCCAUCUGUCAUAUUAUACAGAGUAACAGAGGGAAACGAACCUUGCUUCUUCACAACAUAUUUCUCAUGGGAUCCUACAAAAACUAUUGCUCACGGAAAUGCAUUCCACAAGAAGGCUGUGCAACUCUUCGGCAUAGGCUGUGUAGCAGAGAGCCAAGAUGUUAAGCCCCUGGGAAAUAAACUUAGUGAGGCCACCCAAAGAGCAUCAGCCAUGGCAGCUUUAACCUCUGCUUUUUCAAAAUCAACUAAUGCUCCUAAACCUCCUCAACAUGGACCACCUCCAAGAAUGCUAGCUCGUGGGUCCUAG